GCGGCAACGAAGGCGAACGAAGGCGAACGUUCAUGCGUACCCCGCCGCGUUGAGUACCCAGCCGCGUUGACAGUUUGCGUUACCGUCUGCUGGGCUCCGCGUUUUGUGCUGCGUCGCUUGUCAAACGCGAGUUCCAGGAACGACAUCGGUCGUUUGACGCACCCCCUGCGCGUCUCGAAUAGCGCGUUGAGCCUCGCUGCUGUCAACUCUUUGAUUGUUUGCUGGGAUGUUUUCUAUUGUUCGAGCUGACCAGGGAUGGGUUAACCCCUCGUGGGGGGGUGGGGGGGGGGGGGGAUACCGAUCGAAAGCCAUCAGAAAACAGCUGGCUAUAGCUGGCUCCGCGUAUGAAUCGGUGUUCGCAUAUUGUGUGAAUGAACCUCCAGCAUCCCUUAUAAUAGGCCCAGUGAACACUGAGUGCCAACUGUCAGUGGUCGCUAGCUGUGUGCGUGCGUACGUGUGCGUUGGGCACAUCUCUAUGAAACCAGCAACAACAACAACAGCGCGUUAUGCUUUAUGAUGACAGAAGGCGACCCGUAUUUGCGAUUGUCCAUGUCCGUGUCCCGUGAGCGCUGGAUGCUGGAGUCGUGGAACAUCACGGUACGUGAUUUAUCACCACCACUAGCACGAUUCAAAACAUUGUUUUUGAUUGUAGUUUGUUUCUUGUUUUGUUUUUUUCUUCUUCUUCUUCUUCUGCUCUGUCUCUCCUGUCAAUUCCCCUUGCUGGGCACGGAAUCGAAUUACGCUGCACGCCUGCGCGGACCUUGACAGCGAGAGUUGAAAGGGGGUUUUGUUUUUGCAUCCAGCAGCCAGCUGACAUCAGGCGUGUGAAGCACCCGUGAAACGUGACCGUGACACAGCCAGCAAUCCAUCCAACCCCGAGUAGAAGAAGCUUCCGCUUGCGCUACACGAAACCGAAUAGCUGUCGCAGCGUGUGACCAGCGCAGCAGCAAAUACAAUUCAACAAUCAACCGUGAAACCCGCUCCACGAGCAAACCGGAACAACAACAACAAACCAGCACCGUUCGUUUGCUGCGAAAUCUCCAGGAAGGGCGCAUCCCACUGGCAUUAACAUGAGCGGCGGCGUGGAGGACAUACUGAGCUACAAGCGCGACGCGAAGGAAGACUUUUACGCGAUGCUCAACUGCAGCGAAACCUCGACGGUCGACCAGAUUCAGGCGGAAUUCAAAAUCCUGGCGCUACAGUACCAUCCGGACAAGAACGAUGGUGACAAGGAAUCGGAAGCCAAGUUCCAGCAGCUGAAGGAAGCGAAGGAAAUCCUGUGUGACCCGGAGAAGCGGGCCAGCUACGAUAAGUGGCGCAACAGUGGCAUCCAGAUCAGCUACAAGAACUGGGUCGGCAUGAAGGAGCACGUCCAGCAGAGUAUGCACUGGGCGAUCCCGAAGACCAAGGACCGGAUGCUACCGGACGGUGCUGGUGGCGCGUCCGGAACUGGCGCGGGGGCCACGGCCACGGCCGGCGCCGCCGCUGCCGGUUCGGCGUCCGGGCUGAGCGCCGCCCAACCGAACCCGGCCCAUCGGCGCGCCUCGGAGGGCGGUGCCGCGCUCUACUACGGUGGCCGGAAGGGCGAGUGGGGCUCGGAGAACUCCAGCGAGGUCGUCAACAAGUUCCGCAACUAUGAGAUCUAAUCUGGCUCUGCUGGAAUGCUGGUGUAUUUCCGUGUUUUGUUAUUUCCGUUUUGUUUUUCUGUUGUUUUGAUACCUUUUUACUGCUAGUGCAUCGUCGCGAAGCGGCGGUUUGCAUCUCUCCUCCCGUUGGUGCUGUUUUUUUUUUCGAUUUCGAUUUCGAUGAUCGAUUAUCGAUUGUUUGCUCAAAACGCGUUCGGGCGUACCGCGUCGAACAUUGUUUCUUACCGAUCGUUAUAUAGUUUGUAUACAAUUUACAUUCACCAAUUACGCAAAUUACGGUAUCCUUCAUCAACUGAGGGGUUGAUGCCCACUCUCCAGCCCUUCUUUUGUUCGCUCGCUAGCCGGGACGGACCAUUUUGGGAUGUGUUUGAGGAAAAUUUGUUUGAGGUUAUAGUAGACGUUGGCCGACAGUCAAAAACCGAACAAAACUGAACGGUAUGAGCGCUAGCGAGUGGGAUAGGGAAAUGGGGUUGCCACACACCUCUACACUUAAAGAAACAAUCCCACGGAUGAGAGGUGGAAGGAUGAAAAGCGUACAAGCCCAUUUAGAGUGCUGGAAGGAAAAUUGAUCAAUGAAAAGAAAAAAAUUAAAAACAAAAAAGAAAAAAAACAGAAGAAGACGAAGACGAAGAAGAAGAAGAUGCAGAAAAGACGAAGAAAACAAAGUAAAUUAUGAUAAUCUUACCAAACAACCACUCCAUCCCCCCCCCCCCAAAAAAAAACACCCUUUACGUUAGCGUGGUGUGCCCUGCCCUGCGUGCGCGUGUCAGCCCACCGUUCGUACCCCGGAAACACACCUCACAAAACAAUCAACCAAAAACAAACAAACAAAAAACACACAUUCCUUAUCGGUGUAUUGUAAUUUUAAUGUUGUUGUAAGUUGUGUGCCGUGUGUGUGUGUGUAUGUUUGUCGGAUUCUAGUUGUUCUCUUCCUCCCCCCCCCCCCCCCCCCCCCCUCUAAGGGCCCACACAGGGUAUAUUACCGACAUGGUACCAAUCGUAAACGUCAUGGACUCGACAUUGCACCUUAAAUUAAAUCACCCUUUUUGCAAUGAUGCCAACAAUUAACAACAACAACAAAAACGAGAGAAACCUUUCAAUCCAAACAAUAACGCAAACAAAAAAAAACACACAGAACGCGCGAAAAUUGCCGAGGAAAAACGGAAAAGAAAGAAGAAGAAAAAAAAAGCCAUUCAUAAAACGAUGCCAAACGAUGACGAGAACGACGACUCGGGCGAAAGAGAACGGAAGCAGCAACAGCAAACAAGAGCGAACAUCGUGCUGGAGAACAUCUGCGCUGCAUGCGCGCUGCAAUCCAUCAAGUUCAAUGAUGUAAGACGACAGAAUAACAUACGACAAGAGUAAUGAUUUCCAUACGAAACGUGGCGCGGCCCAUAAAACCGCGGGCAAUACCACUCGGCCACUCGAACACAUACACACGGACGAGGGUGCACGCGCGCGCGCGCUCCUUCUCGCGGCGAUUGGGGAUGGGGUUUUUGGGAAGAAGGCGAUAGAAGGGAGCAACAGCGAGAGAGAGAGAGAGAUAGGAAUAGUGUGAGGGAUCCCUAUAGUGCUCGGAUGUGGGUUCGAUGCUCUCUAUUUUGUAGUGCAACAGCUGAAGCAGUUAUUGCCAGGCAUACUAGGCUGUGGUAGCUGCGGAAGCUGAUAGCAUAAAGAAGAAGAUAUUUUUGUUAAGAAUUAUAUACAUAUAUAGAUAUACAUAGAUACAUAUACAUUUCACAGUACGAUUCUCUGAUUAAUAGUAUGUACACACAUACAAACACACACAACAUGGUGACAUUAGAAACUCUGAAACCUGUUAGACGGGGGGCCAGUUGAAAAGCCCUCAAAACAAAACACUUUCUGCGCUCUCUGUGCAUAGCAAUUGUAACCACUUUUUGAAACUCAAGCUGUGUAGUGGAUAAUAUGCGAAUAUGUGAACCCUUCCCCGGUGCUGUGAGCGCACACACAUACACACGCACACAUGCGGGCGCAAAGAUCCUCCUGCAAACUCCCAGCUAAACACAAUCGAUCGACCGGUCACCGGUCUCUAGAGAGAGCGCGAGAGUGCGAGAGAGAGAGAGAGAGAGAGAGGGGGAUUGAGGGGGAGCACAUGGUAGAAACGCUGGCAGGUAAAACCGGACCCCGUCGUGUGUCCUUUUUGUUGCCCGAACUGCCCUUUAGUAGCACCGGCGAGGCGUGAUUGAAGAGCAUCCGUAGAACAGAAUAGAAUAGAUUGUCUUUCGCCCUCUCUCUCUCCCUCUUUCUCUCUCUCUUUUAAUGUGACCACUCCCAUACACUCCCACACUCUCUUGGCACAUACCGCACCACACCGGACAUCAAACCAACUGGAUUCAACUGGAAGGAAAGAGUGGAGGGAAUUUGGCUGCUGGCGGAAAAAUACAAAAUGGAAUGAAAUUCUCGAGCCGCUGGUUGGAACGAAGCCAAACGGGCUGGGUGGUGGGUGGGGGACCAAAUACGCCGGGAAAGUAGCAGCAAAGUUGGGAAAGAAAGUGAAGAAAGUCAGGCAGGGCUGGGAGGCAACUCAUCUUGAUCAUCUUCAUUCCAAGUUCUUCUGUUUUCUGGAGUGUGUAUUUUAAAGGCGUGCAAAAGCAGGAUGAGCACAAAGGGAGGGGUGAGGGAGGAGGGUAGAGAGAGAGAGAGAGAGAGAGAGAGAGAGAGAGAGAGGGAAGAGAGAAAAGAGGAAUGUUUUGUGCAAAGGAACAAUCAUCAACCCCUCGAGACUGAUUCCAUUUCCUUCCAUCAACACAACCAACUCGACUUAAGCUCGCACGGCAGCAAUCUUUAGCCACCCUUCGACAGAUCGUGGGGUGGUGCGAGGGGGAGGGGAAGGGGAAGGAAGCAGUGGUAUUGCUUGCUGUGUGCUCCUCUGUUGAUUGCCGAUUGUCGCCCUGAUGCCAUUGUCGAGCAAACCACAAUUUCAAUUGAGCGCACUUUAUCAGAAUCAACAAAGAGGGAGCGCGCGCGAGAGAGAGAGAGAGAGAGAGAGAGAGAGAAAAGAAGAAGAAGAGAGCGAGUGUUUAUUACGCGGAAGACAACCACGAUUGCUCUCUAUUGAAUCUCUAUUUACACUAGCCCACGCCCCCCUCCCCACCUCCCGCUUUCUUUUCAGACGUCAGACGUGGUUUUUUGGAAGAGACCGAUACCCGAUCGUCAUCAUGGUGCCAAAACAAAAAAAAAGUGGGGGGGGGGGGGAAAUGAAUCAAAGCAAAACAUUUAUAUUAAAAUUAGGUGCCAAGCAGGCGAAGCGACAAACAAACACAACAAAAAAAAACCAAUGCGAGCUGUGCGAAAACUGGCCGCAGCCCCUGACCCUAUCGUACCCGUACUCGUGACCUGCCCUUUUUUUUGUGGUAGCAGGCUCAACAUCCCCCCCUGAAACAUGUGUUUCUUACGUUAAAAUCCGUUGCCUCUAGGCCUCUGGGAAAGUGAUAGCAAGUGGGAAGGAGUGGGGGAGGGGAGAGAGUCUUGCCGUGGGUCGGUGGACCGGUCCGGUGGUGAUGCAACCAAUCAUUCUUAGAUCCGUAUACAUUCUUAUAUACACACAAUUAUAUAUAUAUAUUAUAUACAUAUACAUUCUAAAAUGCAAUCCAUGCAUUAAAAAACGCACCGACACCGAUGUUGUAUGUUUUCCAUGUGCCACGAUUAAGGGCGGAAAAGGAAAGCAGGGAGCGAUGUGCACUAAGAUGUGGAAUGCGCGGAAGCCGAUAAAUAACUUCGUUGCCGAUAAACGGUUCGUUGAUUGUGAAUUGAAUUAGUGUCACGAUGACGAUUUCCUAUCUUACGAGAAGACGAUGCUGAUGACGAUGAUAUGAUGUUGAUGAUGUUGAUGAUGAUAAUGAUGAUGAUAUACAAAAUAGCUAAUUACGAACUGUUGCAACCGGAAUCAAAAUGCAGAAAGAGAGAUGGAGAGAGAGAGAGAGAGAGAGAGAGAGAGAGAGAGAGAGAAAGAAAGAAAGAAAGAGUGUGGAAGGAAGCUGGAAGUAAAACAAAAUAGAAGCCAGACAAAAACGCAUAAUUAUAUGAAUCAUUCUAACAGUGUUAAUGUAAUGGGAACGUGUGAAAACCCCUCUCCUGCCAAUACCGUUUGCUUACAGAUCACUGACGGUGUGUGCGUGUGUAUGUGAGUGCGUUGUAUCGUCUAUCAGUACAAUGUUGUCUUCUUUAGCCUCCUUUAGUGACACUUGUCGUCCGUGAGUCGUGCGAGGUAACCCCGUAACUCAGCAUUUAAGCGAAGGCGAAGAGGAAGCAAGUGCAUAAGCAAGAGUUAAGUGUAGCUGGAGCCGACCGACUCCGACCACAAGGCGUCUCCAAAAAAAAAAAAAUUACAAAAAGAAAAAAAACCAACCACACCACCACCGUGUGUUUAGUCGAACCUACACAGAUCCC